AUGAUCAUUGAUCCAUCUGGUCAAGCAACUAACUUCCUCAUUAACAAAUAUUGCGAUCGGAAGAUGACCGUGACCAGCUUCUUGGACGAAGCAUUUGUUAAAAGUCUGGAAAGUGCCUUGCGGCUUGGAACUCCGUUAUUGAUCCAGGAUGUUGAGCAUUUGCACCCGAUCUUGAAUGCCUUCUUAAAUAAGGAACUCCGACGAGCUGAUGAUAUCUGCAGUCGAGUGACAUUUGUCAACUUCACAAUGACCAGAAGCAGUCUACAAUCACAAUUUUUGAAUCAAGUUUUGCGAGCUGAGCGCCCAGAUACCGACAAGAAAAGAACAGAUCUGAUUAAAUUACAAGGCGAGUUCAAGCUUCAAUUGAGACACCUCGAGAAAUCACUCUUGCAGGCCCUCAGCGAGUCAAUCGGUAACAUCUUGGACGAUGAUAAAGUGAUUGUUACCCUAGAGACCCUUGAACGGGAAGCAGCCAACGUGGCAAAGAAGGUAGAAGAGACAGAUAUUGUCAUGCAAGGAUUCGAUCAAGUAACAGCCGAAUACCUUCCACUGGCUCAAGCAUCCAGUUCAAUAUUCUUUGUUCUUGAACAGCUCAAUGUCCUCAAUCAUUUCUACCAAUUCUCUCUCCAAUAUUUCUUGGACAUCUUCGAGUUUGUCUUGUUACAUAAUCCAAAUCUGUUACAAGCCCAGGACCCAAAGGAACGACUGGCGGUCCUUUUGAAAGAUAUCUUUGUGGUCACUUUCAAACGCACUUCCAGGGCACUCCUCCAUCGUGAUCAUUUGCUGUUGGCUAUGCUGUUGGCUCAACUGAAAGCUCAAGGUUUGGGUAACGAGGUCGACGACAAGGAAUACUCAUUUUUACUCGAGGGUAGUAGCGACCGUACAGGCAGACACCCCCCGACAAGUUUUCCAUUUCUUUUGGCAGAUCAGCAGCGCGCCAUUCUAUAA